CAUAGAUACACAAUGAGCAAGCAACAUAUAGCAGUGGGGCGAACACGGAGGGAGGAGAACAGAGGAGGGACAACGAAGGACGAGAAUAGAAAGAGGAAGAAAAGAGGGAAGAAGAGUGGAAGAAGGAAGAAAAGAGGGAGGAAGAACAGAUGGAGUAAGAACAGAGGGAGUAAGAACAGAGCGAGUAAGAACAGAGGGAGUAAGAACAAAGGGAGUAAUAACAGAAGGAGGAAGAACAGAGGGAGGAAGAACAGAGGGGGGAAGAACAGAGGGAGGAAGAACAGAGGGAGGAAGAACAGAGGGAGGAAGAACAGAGGGAGUAAGAACAGAGGGAGGAAGAAUAGAGGAAGGAAGAACAGAGGGAGUACGAACAGAGGGGGGAGGAACAGAGGGAGGAAGAACAGAGGGAGGCAGAACAGAGGGAGGAAGAACAGAGGGAGGGAGAACAGAGGGAGGAAGAACAGAGGGAGUAAGAACAGAGGGAGGAAGAAUGGAAGGAGGAAGAACAGAGGGAGUAAGAACAGAGGGAGGAAGAGCGGAAGGAGGAAGAACAGGGGGAGCAUGAACAGAGGGAGGAAGAGCGGAAGGAGUAAGAACAGAGGGAGGAAGAAUAGAGGGAGAAAUAUCAGAGGGAGGAAGAACAGAGGGAGGAAGAGCAAAAGGAGAAGAACAGAGGGAGGAAGAGCGGAAGGAGUAAGAACAGAGGGAGGAAGAACAGAGGGAGGAAGAACAGAGGGAGUAAGAACAGAGGGAGUAAGAACAGAGGGAGUAAGAACAGAGGGAGGAAGAACAGAGGGAGUAAGAACAGAGGGAGUAAAAACAGAGGGAGUAAGAAUAGAGGGAGGAAGAGCGGAAGGAGGAAGAACGGAGGGAGGAAGAACAGAGGGAGUAAGAACAGAGGGAGUAAGAACAGAGGGAGUAAGAAGAGAGGGAGUAAGAACAGAGGGAGUAAGAACAUAGGGAGGAAGAGCGGAAGGAGGA